CGGGAUUGCCAGGAUUCAAUGCGGACAGCGGAUGCAUCCCUUUCAAACUAUUUAACGGUGUUCUGAAAUCUUGUCAACACGUAUGUAACUUUAACGGAAUAAAGAUCUUAAGCAAUAUUUUAUUUUAAAGUCCAUCAGCUCGUAAAGAGGAAAGUUCACCUGGAUCAGUAACUUACCCACGUUUUUACAAAACUGACAAUGACAGACCGGGCAAAUAAUUUCCCCCCGCUGCCUAAGUUUCUUCGCAUAAAACCAUGUUUUUACCAGAACGUGGAUGAGGAAAUCCCACUACCCCACCAGCAGCUAGUGCGGCGUGUUUACAAUCUUUGGAUGUUGUACUCGAUAACACUGUGUGUUAAUGUGGUGGCCUGUAUAGCCUGGUGGGCCGGAGGGGGGAACGCAAUCAACUUUGGCUUUUCGCUCCUCUGGCUUCUGGUUUUCAGCCCUUGUAGUUUCACCUGCUGGUUCAGGCCGCUUUAUAAAGCCUUUCGGGCUGAUAGUUCCUUCAACUUCAUGGCUUUCUUCUUUGUCUUAUUCUUUCAAUGUGUUCUUGCUUUCAUCCAGUGUCUUGGAAUAUCAGGUUGGGGUGCGUGUGGUUGGAUCGCCACAGUGGUUUUUUUUGGAACAAACGUGGUCUCUGCUUUAUUCAUGCUCAUCCCUACUGUGCUCUUUACUGUGGACACUGUUUUGAUGGUGAUUGUUCUCAUCAAGGUUCAUCGGCUGUAUCGUGGUGGAGGUGGCAGUUUGGAGCGGGCACAGGAAGAAUGGAGCACUGGGGUUUGGAAGAACCCCACUGUGAGAGAAGCCGGAUUCAAUGCCAUAUCUGAAACCGGCCCCAGUCUCCCACAAUACCCUGGUGCUGUGCCCAAUUACCCACAGAGCGGCCCGUGGUGAAACCUCUUUUGAACUGUAGAUGGUGCCAGAGUGCCACUUGUUGUCUUAACAUGAAAGAUUGCAGAGGAACAGAGAAAGGCCAAUAUUAUGAAUCACUGCAUAAUGUGCCGAAGACUUUAAUAGAUGUUUUUUUUCUUCACUUUUGUACUAUAUUUUCCUUUAACAUAGCUAAAUAUAUGUUCUAAUCUAAUAUUAAUCACCAAAGCAUUCCUUAUCGAUUCUUGCUUGAAAGACAUCUUAAGUUACACUUUCAUUUUCAAACAUGAUUUCAGCAGAAGAGGAGGUUUGUCAAAAUAUAAAUUUUAGGCAAACACACCUGUAUAAAAGAAUAAAAAAUAAAAACAUUCCUUAGCUUA